ACGACAUUGGGGUUGACAUUUCGAAGAAAUUAAUAAAUGUGGAUCAUAAUGUACGUAAAACAGCUAUAAAAGGAAACCCGAAGCGAAAAUUGUUCAUUGAGGGGACGAAGAGAAAUACGAACUACAGCCAAAGGGAAAAAUGAGUGACAUUGAUGAAGACCAUUAUGAAAAAACAAUGGAGGAGAGUAAUCAUGGCAACCUACUUCUUGGUAAAAUUAUGGAACUUCAGUUGGCUGAUGAGAUGUGUGAUUGUACACUGAAUGUAGAUGGUGCACAAAUAAAGGUGCACAAAGUUAUGCUUGUUGCCACAAGUGAUUUCUUCCGUGCCAUGUUCCUUUCCCCAAUGCAAGAGAGAUGUCAGGAUGUGGUGGAACUGAAAGGGUUAAGUCCCACUGGAGUCAGGGAUAUUGUAACAUUUAUAUACACUGGAAAGUUAGCAAUUGACCUUGAGAAUUUAAACCGUAUCGUCCACACAGCAUCCUUUCUACAGGUCAACAGUGCUUUGAAUUUGUGCUCAGAGUAUAUUAACUCUUUACUGACCUUUGACACUGCAGAUGAUCUUCUCCCAUUGGCUAAAGAUUACUCAUUGAAUGAUGUCAUUGAUAAAUUCAAUCAGGUGAUUUUAGAUGAUUUUGAAACAUUUUGCGAAACAGAAAAUUUUCUUGAGUUGACAAUGGAACAGUUGCUGGAGUAUUUAGACUCAGAUAAACUGGACAUUAAGUCAGAGUUCGUCCUGUUUCAGGGUGUUGAAAAGUGGCUGAAUUAUGACACAAGUCGCUGCCGCAAUAAUAUGAUCGAGAUUUAUAAACAUAUACGAUUCUCAUUGAUGUCUGAAGUGGAGUUGGAUCAAGUUAGUGCUGCCACCUAUACCAUUUGCUCAACACUGGAUAUUCCAAUUGAACAAAUCCGACCUGAGAUUGAUAAAGGUCAGCGUUACCAUAGUGAUCGUAUCAUGUCCCAUCCCAUAAUAACAUCCAAUAUGUCACCCCGUACAACCAAAGAGAGCCUAGCAUUGUUACAUCAGGGUAACACAUACACUAACUCAACAAUUGAAAUCAUAAGUCCCCCUGACCUGGAAAUAAAACCAGCUGUAAGUGACACAAUUCUUUCAAUGAUUUGUCGGGAGCUACGUGCCACAGUUCUCGACAAUUUCAUAUUCAUCACAGCUCUAGUGGAUCAUGGUGGAGGGUCGCUAAUUGGGAAACUGUUCCGCUACGAUCCUCGUCAUAAUGAUAUUGAAGAGCUUGAGUGGAAAUACAGGUCAAGAAUGAGCAAGUCAUUUGUUGGCCAUGGUGGAAUAUUGUACCUUCUCGGAGGUCUUAAUCAGGCUACAUCAAUGCCAUUAGAUAUUUGUGAGACUUAUAAUUUAAGAACGCAGCAAUCGUUUGAAAUGUCUCCUCUUCCCCAUCCUGUACAUUUACAUGCAGCUUUAGUGUUUAAGGAUAAAAUAUACAUUACUGGAGGUGUUACACAACCAGGCCAUGUUAUCAAUACAGCAUAUGUUUAUGACAUUAAAAUAAGCAAAUGGACAGAAAUUGCUCCAUUAAAUUGUGCCCGUCGAUUGCACUGUAUGCUUCAAUCUGGAGGUCAGAUCAUGGUUUUGGGUGGUAUUUCACAUGGAGGUGUGCAUGACCAGAGAUUGAUGCCUAUAGAGGUUUAUGAUCCACAUUUGAACAUAUGGACAGAGAUGGAACCUCAUUGCAGUACUUUACCUGCUAACUCUGUAGGACACUUUAGUUUUGUGAAUGAUAAACUCUAUUGCAUAGGGCGUCAGUGCCCUAAAUCUGAAGAGUGCGAUUUCUGGCAAUUAGACCCAGACAAAGGCUGGACUCUGGUUGGUCAUCUGUAUCACUCUUGUAGCAAUGGUAAAAAAAAUAUAUACAGGAGCAGUGUAGCAGCAUAUUUAUUGCCAAUUAAAUUGGACAUGAAUGUUUUAAACCAUAAAAAUGAUUAAAACAUUAUUUUUUAAAUUAGUACAAGGCUCAUACGUACGUUUUAUGUGCAAAGUGCAUUGUGUCCAUGUGUGAAUGCAGUGUUGGUAUGUGUAUAUAGUAUGCCCGGUUUGUUUGUGUGUUUUAUGUACUCUCUUCAGGUCAUUGGGAAGCCCAACUACGCUAGGCUGCUGAAAUAUUUUCACUCUUACGUAACAUAGCCUAGCUCUAUCCUAAUUAUAUAACAGGAUAUCUCACAUUAGUUCUACAAGUAGAAUUCAAUGUACUGCCUUCUUUAUUAUUCUGAUCUUUCUAUGCAAUUCAUCUCCAUUUGAUAUUAUGAUAAAUUAAGCAUCAGCCAUCGCGCAUGCACUAGCAUUAGCCAAUAGUGGUAGUUGCAAACAAUAACAAGUCCAUGUGCUCGUCACACGAUCUAAGUGAUCAGAUCAUGAUCCGAUCUUCUGCCAUGGAUGUUAGAUAGAGAAUUGAAAUGAAGUCUUAUUGCAUGAG